ACAAUCAUUUGGGAUUACCUUCUCAGACGUACCUUUGGCAAAAUGAAGGAAAUGAUGCUGGUUCUAGUGCUUGUAAUAAGCUGUUGUUUAGCAGCAACUACUGCAGAAACUUCGAAAGAAAAAAGACAAAACUUGAAAACCCUACAGUCUCUUGGAUCGCCAUUCAUUUUGAGCCAAAAACAGAAAGCCAAAGAAAAACGACAAGGAAUUCCUGGAUUUCCAGAAAUACCUGGAAUGCCGCAAAUUCCUGGAAUGCCAGAAAUCCCUGGAAUGCCUCAAAUUCCCGGAAUGCCAGAGAUUCCCGGAAUGCCACAAAUCCCUGGAAUGCCUCAAAUACCCGGAAUGCCCCAAAUACCCGGUUUUCCAGGAUCACCAUUCACAAUUAAAAAUAAACUAGAAAAGAGACAAGGAAUCCCUGGGUUUCCAGAAAUCCCCGGAAUGCCUCAAAUUCCUGGAAUGCCAGAAAUCCCCGGAAUGCCUCAAAUUCCUGGAAUGCCAGAAAUCCCCGGAAUGCCUCAAAUUCCUGGAAUGCCAGAAAUCCCCGGAAUGCCACAAAUUCCCGGAAUGCCUCAAAUACCCGGAAUGCCCCAAAUACCCGGCUUUCCAGGAUCACCAUUCACAAUUAAAAAUAAAGUAGAAAAAAGACAAGGAAUCCCCGGAUUUCCAGAUAUCCCAGGAAUGCCUCAAAUCCCUGGAAUGCCUCAAAUUCCCGGAAUGCCUCAAAUACCAGGUUUUCCAGGAGCUGGCAAUAAAACAGAUAACAGCACAGAUGGAAAAAGAGAAGGACCUCAAAUUCCUGGCUUUCCUGAAAUCCCUGGAAUGCCUCAAAUUCCUGGAAUGCCAGAAAUCCCUGGAAUGCCUCAAAUCCCUGGAAUGCCAGAAAUCCCCGGAAUGCCCCAAAUCCCUGGAAUGCCACAAAUACCAGGUUUCCCAGGAUCACCCUCCGUGAAUAAAAACAAAGUAGCUAAAAGACAAGGAAUCCCAGGAUUUCCAGAAAUCCCCGGAAUGCCUCAAAUUCCUGGAAUGCCAGAAAUCCCCGGAAUGCCUCAAAUCCCUGGAAUGCCAGAAAUCCCCGGAAUGCCUCAAAUCCCUGGAAUGCCACAAAUCCCAGGAAUGCCUCAAAUACCUGGAAUGCCACAACCAGGUUCAUCUACAACCACUACAACUACUGCCAGUCCAAGUGAAUGAUACAGACGCUUAUUGCAAUGAAAAAUCGACGUUCUUAAAUGUUUGAAAUAUUCUGAAAUAUGGAUUGUUUACUUUUGUUUUAAACUAGUAAAUGGUGUUGAGGAUUACAAUAAAUAAAUUACUUUUUAACCAUCAA